CUCAUCCUUGCCACGUGGGAAGGAGGCUACAACUUGCAGUGCCAGAACCUUCACAGUGCAGGGGAGGCCGACAUCCGGGUAGCCAAGGUGCUGUGGUGGUAUUACUUUUCCAAAGUAAUUGAAUUCACAGACACUAUCUUCUUUGUACUGAGAAAGAAAAGCAGCCAGAUCACCUUCCUUCAUGUGUAUCACCAUGCCACUAUGUUUAACAUUUGGUGGUGUGUUCUGAACUGGAUACCUUGUGGGCAAAGUUUCUUUGGACCCACUUUGAAUAGCUUUAUCCAUGUGCUUAUGUAUUCUUAUUACGGACUGUCAGUCAUCCCCUCUAUGCGCAAGUAUCUCUGGUGGAAGAAAUACCUCACUCAGGCACAAUUGAUCCAAUUUCUGCUCACUAUUGUGCACACACUCAGUGCAGCUGUGAAGCCAUGUGGAUUCCCGUUCGGCUGUCUCAUGUUCCAGUCCUCCUAUAUGGCCACACUGGUAGUUCUCUUCAUAAACUUCUACAUCAAGACAUACCAGAAAGCACCUUCAAGAACAGCUGCAAAGGAAACCCCUGUCACAACAGAAAUCAAGAACGGUUUCCACAAGGACUACUUUGCUGCUGCCAAUGGAUUCCUGGACAAUAAGAAAGCACAAUAAGUAUGGUUUUUCUUGUGCUUUUUUUUCCUAAAGAAAAAA